AUGGCCAGUGAAGCCUGGACAGCAGCUGCUGUGCUCCAAACAUCUCACCUUAUGCCAUACCUGGGUGGUACACUGGGUAUUGCCAUUCGUCAUGGGGAAAUACCAGGGCUCAGGGAAUUCCUGUUAAAAAUACAUCCCACUCUACAUUACAACAAUAGCUAUGGAAAUAGCAUGGUGAAUCAGUUUUGGGAAUUCACAUUUCAGUGCAAAUUUUCACCAGUUCCAUCAGGCUGGCUGGAAGAUGGAGGUGCGGUAUGCACUGGAAAGGAAGAUCUAGAAAAAGUAGACACUGAGUUCUUGGACAUUUCCAGCCUCCGGCCUGAGUACAAUGUGUACAAAGCUGUGUAUGCUCUUGCACAUUCCCUUGAUAACAUGCUGCGUUGUAAGCCAGGAAGAGGGCCUUUCACUGGAGACAGCUGUGCCACUCUGCAGUCACUGGAGCCUUGGCAGCUUGUUUAUUACUUGGAAAGGGUGAACUUUUCCACUUCAUUUGGUGAUCAAGUGUCAUUUGAUGAGAAUGGUGAUGUGGUGCCAAUUUAUGAUGUGAUGAACUGGUUGUGGCUCCCUGAUGGAAGCACUAAAGUUCAGAAUGUGGGUGAGAUUAAGGGGUCAGCUUUCAGAGGUGAAGAACUCAUACUUGAUGAAGACAAAAUCUUCUGGAACUUUAAUUCCAAAAAGCCACCUCGAUCAGUAUGCAGUGAGAGCUGUCCUCCUGGUACCCACAUGGUGAGAAGGAAGGGGGAGCCCAAAUGCUGUUUUGACUGCAUCCCUUGUUCUGAGGGAACAGUCACCAAUAAAAGCAAUUCAUUUGAGUGCACCAGUUGUCCAGAGGAUUUUUGGUCAAACCCCAAACGUGACCACUGCGUUCCCAAGAAGACAGAAUUCCUCUCCUACCAUGAGCCUCUGGGUCCUAGUGUGCUACGGAAAUAAGGGAGGCAUGAUCAGAUAAUGAGUACCA